AUGAAGAACUCCUUGAUCAUUGUCUCCUUCAUCACCAUCGCCUGGUACAAUGUCGCCGAGCUCACCGUCCUUAUCCAGGUGUUCUUCAAACGACACUCCGGAUGGUAUUACUGGGCCUUGAUGGUGGCAACAUACGGCAUUUUCAUCCAUGACCUGGGAACCUUCUUCAAGUUCUACCACAUCACAAACAUCGAUAUUUUGGACACCAUCCUUGCGUGGUCUGGCUGGGUAAUGAUGGUGACCGGGCAGUCCCUCGUUCUCUACUCUCGGUUACACCUGGUCGUUCACGCUUCUUGGAAGCGCUGGGUGCUCGUCAUGAUUAUCGUCGACGGUAUCCUCAUGCACAUCUCAACGGGCGUGCUUACAUUCCUUACGAACGUUUCCUCGGACCCUACGCGGUGGAAGGGACCAUAUUCGGUUGUUGAGAGAAUACAGGUCACCGUGUUCUUCAUACAGGAAGUCAUUCUGAGCGCCAUCUACAUCUGGAGGACUUCCGGGAUGCUGAGAUCUGAGGGACCGCUCUUCAUUGCACACGAAAAUGCCCGCGGCGCCAGAGGUCGCAAAGUCCUUUUACACACCAUCGGCAUCAAUAUUUUUAUCAUCUGUCUGGAAAUCACUCUUAUCGCCCUAGAGUUCUCUGGCCUGUAUGACAUCCAGACCUCAUACAAAGGCGCGGUCUACUCCGUAAAGCUCAAGCUGGAAUUCUCGAUCCUUAAUCAACUCAUGAAUCUAGUCAAAGGCCGUCUCGCAGGCACAAGCACCACACAAUCGAAAUCCUACGCCAACACAAGACCCACCAAUCGUUCCCAUCUGCGUACUGGGUUGAGAGACAAUGAAGAAGGGCUCCCGGCCGGCGCAUACUCUAGGAUGGAAGAUUCUGUCGCAAUCACUGUCACUCCGGCCAACGAAAUCAAGUUGCAAGAUCUGAAGGCCGAUGCCGUGCUAAAAACGACCACAACGGAGGUGCGCUUUGAGGUGGCGGAUAACGACAGUGUGGAUAGUGGUAUUCGUGGCAAGGACUUGAGGAGAAGUUCAAGUGAGAACUCCAUCAUACAUCACUAG